AUGCCAUCAGAGAUGUCUGACACUGCCGGGCCAGCCAACAGGUUCAAAUCGUAUAAAAACAAAGCUUUGGACUCUCAAGAAUUAAGAAGACGACGAGAAGAAGAGGGUAUACAGCUUCGAAAACAGAAACGCGAAGAACAGAUUUUUAAGCGCCGGAAUGUUGCUGUGCCAGAAAACGACGAAAGUGGCUCACCAAUAGAUGUUCAGGACUCUUUGGUAUCAUCCACUGGGGCAUUAUCCCAGAAAUGGUUGGGAAAGGGUUUGUACGUAAUGUGGUUUGAAGAACAAACGUGGGAACCCCAGAAAAAUUUUUGUAAAUUUUUUCAAGAGGUCGUCUCCACAAAUGAUUUAUUUUUUGUCUGUUGUCUUCCUGCUGCAGAACCAAACCCACCCAUCGAUGAAGUGAUACAGACUGGUAUUAUCCCAAGAUUUGUGGAAUUUUUACAGAGAGAGCAUUUGGCUGCCCUGGGGGCCCCGACAAAUAUUGCAUCGGGCCCCAAACACUGCCGACCCCGAAGGGCUCAAUGGGGAGGGGCAGGUGUGUUUUUCCCGGGCAAAAUUGGCAGGGAUAGUCCUGAAAGCAGGGAGAAAUGCUGUUAUAUUAUCUACAGUUUGCUGAGUAAAGCUGUUAGUUUGUCAAUGACAAGAAAUGCUGUCUGGUGUCUGUCAAACUUGUGCAGAGGGAAAAAUCCACCACCAGAUUUUAGCAAGGUUAGCCCAGCUUUGCCAGUCCUUGCUAGACUUUUAUACCACACAGACAAGGAUGUUUUAGCUGAUGCUUGCUGGGCUCUCUCUUACUUGUCUGACGGUCCCAAUGAGAAGAUACAGGCUGUCAUAGACUCUGGAGUAUGCAGACGGCUUGUGGAGUUGCUUAUGCACAAUCAUCAGAGUGUUGUGGCUGCUGCCCUAAGGGUUGUAGGCAAUAUUGUCACUGGAGAUGACUGCCAGACUCAGGUGAUAAUCAACUGUUCGUCCUUGCCUUGUUUGCUACACUUAUUGGGCAGCUCCAAGGAGUCCAUUCGCAAGGAAGCCUGCUGGACUAUUUCAAAUAUCACUGCUGGCAACAGGCAGCAGAUCCAAAAUGUGAUAGACUGUAACAUAUUUCCUGUCCUCAUUGAAAUCUUGGGGAAAGCUGAAUUUAAAACCAGGAAGGAAGCAGCUUGGGCUAUUGCCAAUGCUACGUCAGGGGGCUCACCAGAACAGAUCAGGUUUUUAGUAGAUCAGAGCUGUAUUCCUCCUUUAUGUGACCUUCUGACUGUGAUGGACAGUAAAAUAGUUCAAGUGGCUCUUAAUGGUUUGGAGAACAUCCUUAGACUAGGAGAGACAGAUGCCAAGCAAGGCAAUGGUGUUAACCCUUAUGCCGUGAUGAUAGAAGAGUGCUAUGGUCUGGAUAAAAUUGAGUUCCUGCAGAGUCAUGAAAACAGGGAGAUCUACCAGAAGGCAUUUGACAUCAUUGAGCGUUACUUUGGCACAGAAGAAGAGGACAAAAAUCUGGCACCCUCGAUGGAUCAAGCAUCACAACAAUACCAGUUUGGCGCCAGCACCAGCACGCCCAUGGGCGGCUUCCAGUUUUGA